UCAGGUUCCCAGGCCCUGACAAACAAUAAUUAUUUAGCACAGCAUCACCGUCUGGUCGUUCCUAUCUCCUCGUCCAACCAGACGCACAGAACCAACCACUGCCUUCGUCUGCCACAAAUCUGCCUCAAAAGCAGUUUAUCUAUAGACUGAGCGUCGAGCUUGUGCACCAUGUCCUUUACGUUCGUUGUCUCGACUAUGCUUCUGGGCUCUUCAGUAGUGAUUGCGUUUGUUUUGCAGCCACCCAAGGAAGACUCUGCAGCCGUUGCAAACUCUCCUUUUUCCAGUGACAGGUGCCAGGGUGAGUCAUUGCAGUCCAUCAGGAAAGGUCUCCUCCGCUCUCUCAACUUGCAGAUUGAGCCACAGCUGCCAGCUGGUGUGCUGGAUGGCAUCAGAGAGCAAUGGAGGAGCACCUUCAGCAACAUUGCUCACAGAGCCAACGAUGCUGUAGCUCCAGCGGUCUCUGGCUACUCCCUGUCACCUGAUGGUGGGAACAGCACAGGUCUGAAGUGUUGCUCCAUUGCCUCGGAGAUCUUCAUGACAGAUCUGGGAUGGAACAGUUGGAUCAUUCAUCCUACCAGCCUUACCAUCGUUCAGUGUGCACUCUGCAACCCUGAAGUGAAGACACUGCAGUGUUCAUCACCCCAGACAAAUGACCAGGAUGCCGACUCAAAGGUCCAGGUGCCAUGUUGUCAGCCCACCUCCCAGGUGAUGGUGCCUGUCGUCUACGUGGAUGAAUUCAGCACCGUCGUCAUCUCCUCCGUGCAGAUGACCAACAGCUGCGGCUGUGGACGUGACAACAUCCAGCAGCCCGGCGGAGAGUAAACUUUGAUUUAUGUGUAUGUGACACCUGUGAGUCUCCUGGCACCCACACAGAAACAUAAAAUACGCUUUAUACAGGCCUGUUGUCUCUCACGAGCAUUCAUGCUGAUAAUGUUAACUACUUUUCUUUAGUUUUAGGUGUUUUCUUAUAUCCUAACAGUGUGUAUUCAACACUUAGCUUGGGAAACAACAUAAAGUCUCUCUAAGAACUCAGCUCUGCAUUCCUGUUUCUCUAUUUGAACCAGAAAGAAUGAUGCAAGUGCCAGCACAGGUGUGUUGAGCCGACCAAACAUAAAACAAUUUCUGUUUUAGUGAUAAACUGGAUGAGAUGAUUGAGCUCAGACACGCCUUUACUGAUCUCAAAUUACAACUGACAUUUAUGAGCCUUUGUUUUUUAUUCACAGUUGCCAACAUUUAAUAUUUCUCUCUGGCCAAGAUCUGGAAAGAGCUGGAUGUGAAGUGCAGCUGACCCUGUCAUGAUAUAAGCUGCUACUUUAUCUUUAAAUAAAUCUCAGUACUGACUAGAGAAGUGCUAUUUAAAGCUGCUAACUGUUACUGAGUGUUCCCUCCAAAAAUGUGAGACUGUUCAGAGCCAACUCCUCUCACAGGCCAGUUGUCUCGUCUCUGAUUUGUGAAACAUGAUAAUCUCCUCUUAUGAGCAAGAAGAUGGCAAACUGAGGCCACUGUGGCUUGCCAUUUUGAGGGUUAAACAUUUCCUUUUGCACGGGGAGAGUUAAAGGAGAAGAUUUUAUCCACCAGCUAAAUUCCCUGUUUCCCUUGGGUAUGAACAACAUCUGUGUUCCACCACCGCCCAUUGGCCAAGCUCCAUUUUCAUGUUUCAACUGGUGAAAAAGAUAAAGAGGACAAGAGGACAAUGCAGCCCUGAACUGCACCCUCAGAAAUGUAACUUUAAAAAUAGACAUUUAAAGAUGUGCUUUGCCACACCAAA